AUGUUUCUCCAUAGUAUUCUCGCCUUUAUGGCGGGCCUCCAGCUCGCCGCCGGGAAGGUCUAUGAUACCCGAUUCAAGGGCACGACAUGGGACGAUGAGAAAUGGAUUUUGAAGACUACAAAUCUGGAUCAAGGACACUAUCAGUCGCGGAUGUCGCUGGCGAAUGGGUAUAUGGGGAUCAACGUUGCUGCUGUGGGCCCCUUCUUCGAAGUAGACACUCCAGUAGACGGCGACAUGAUCGGUGGCUGGCCUCUCUUCAACCGGCGGCAGACCUUUGCAACCAUUGCGGGCUUCUACGAUUCGCAGCCUACUACCAACGGCACAAACUUCGAGUGGCUCUACCAAUACGGCGGCGAAAGCGUAAUCAGCGGUGUACCGCACUGGUCUGGGCUUCAUGUGGCAGUUGGCGACGACCUUCUAGAUGCCAGCGUUCCGUCAGAUCAGAUCUCGGACUUUAGCUCGGCACUCAACAUUCGUCAUGGCUUGAUGACAUGGAGCUAUACCUGGACGCCCAGCAGCGGCUCUGCGAUCGAUAUCGAGUACUCCAUGUUCGUGCACAAGCUGAAUGUCAACCAAGCGGCCGUACAGCUCAAGAUGACUGCAAAGGAAGACAUCAAGGUCUCGGUGAUUGACCUCCACGACGGCGACUGCGCGGUCCGCACGGAUUUCGUCGGCAAAGGCUUCAUGGACGAUAUGCCAGUGAUCUGGUCCGCUGUGAGCCCCAAUGGUCUCAGCGACAUCCAUGCGUACAUCUACUCGGCCAUGAUCGGAGACGACUCUUGCGACUCGAGCAGCCGGACGCAAUACACAGACAAGUCAGUCAUUGGGCAGAACAAAUCAUCCAUCGCGCAAGCUGUGGCUGUCAAUCUGUCGGCAGGCAAGACUAGCACAGUGACGAAGUACAUCGGCGGUGCUUCUAGCGAUGCUUUCGAUGACCCCCAGUCGACUGCAAUGGCAGCUUUGCUGGCGGCAUCGAACGCAGGGUGGAACAAGCUCUACGCAAGUCACUGCAACGAGUGGCAGAGUAUCAUGUCUACGGAGACUGUUGACGACUACCGGGAUCCGGAUUCUGGUCUGCUUCCUGACGAUGACAACAUUGUCGAGCUCGCCAUUACCGCGGUCACCAAUCCGUUCCACAUGCUCCAGAACACUGUCGGUGCUCGAGCAAUAGAAGCAGCCGAUGGCAACAACAAGCUCGACCUCAACAGCAUCGCGGUCGGCGGCCUUGGGAGCGAUGCUUACGCUGGUUGGAUCUUCUGGGAUGCCGAAGUCUGGAUGGCACCUGGCCUCGUAGUCACCUACCCCGAUGCUGCUCGACAGAUUGCGGAGUACAGAGUCGAUAAGUUCGCUCAAGCUCAGAGGAACAUGAAAACUGCAUACCAGUCCAGCCAGAACGAGACUGGGAAGUUCUCCUCUAAUAGCGCAGUCUUCCCCUGGAUUUCUGGUAGGUUUGGAAACUGCACAGCUGCCGGCCCUUGCUUCGACUAUGAGUACCAUCUCAAUGGUGACAUCGGCUUGGAGUUUUACAACUAUUACGCUGUGACGGGAGAUUCGCCCUUCUUCAAGAAAGAGCUGCUUCCAAUCUACGAUGCAGUUGCGCAGUUGUACGCGGAGGUGGUGACAUACAACGAGACGUCCGGAAAAUAUGACCUCUACAACGCCACAGACCCAGAUGAGUACGCCAAUUUCCAGACGAAUGUCGGCUUCACGAUGGUCUUGAUGCAUACUCACCUAAACACGGCGAACACUCUUCGAGCUCGCUUCGACAUGCCCGAAAAUGAGACUUGGGCGGACAUCGCAUCGAAGAUCAACAUUCCCGUGAACGAAAAGGCAGGCAUCAUUCUCGAAUACGCCGCCAUGAACGGUAGCAUUGAAGUGAAGCAGGCGGAUGUGGUGCUCGUUGACGACUUCCUGGACUACCCGAACCCAUACUCGCUGAACAACCUUGACUACUACGCCGGCAAGCAAUCUCUCAACGGCCCCGGGAUGACCUAUGGCGUAUUCAGCAUCAACGCCAACCAGAUCAGCCCGUCCGGCUGCUCUGCUUAUACCUACGAGCUCUAUGGCUCCCAGCCAUACACCCGCGGCCCAUGGUUCCAAUACUCCGAGCAGCUGCUAGACAACUACGAGGCCAACGGCGGCACGCAUCCAGCCUACCCCUUUCUGACCGGCAUGGGUGGUGCCAACCGUGUCGCAGUCUUCGGCUACCUAGGCCUAAAGCUGACGCUCGAAUCUCUCAACGUCGACCCUAACCUACCGCCUCAGAUCCUUAACCUCAACUAUCGCACCAUCUACUGGCAAGGCCACCCCAUCUCCGCCGUCUCCAACCAGACCCACACCACACUCACCCGCACCGGCAAACCACUGGAGAACGCCAACAGCACCUUCACCGACUCCCCGAUUCCAGUCACCCGCGACGUCGACGACGCUUCCCGCUCCGGCAACAGCACAGUCUGGCACCUUCCACCCGGAGGCAGCAUCACCAUCAAGAAUCGCCAGAUUGGCGAGAUCAAAACAGUCCCAGGCAACAUCGCGCAAUGCCGCCCCGUCACCUCGAACCGCAACUACGAAAUCGGGCAAUUCCCUCUUGCGGCCGUCGACGGCGCCGUCUCCACCAAAUGGCAACCCACCCACCUCAACGUCCCCUCCUCCCUCACAGUCUCCCUCCCGGAGCCGUUCGUCCCCGUCACAACCCUCAAAUUCGACUGGGCUCAAUCCCCACCCUCCUCCUACCGCGUCACCUUCUCCAACUCCUCCUCCGGCUCCGACAGCGUGGAAGUCGCGAGCGACGACGACGUGGAGAUCAGCGAUGCAUACGUGGCAGCUCGAGCGGCGGAUAUCGUGCCCUACGCGAGUAAUACGACGAAUGUGACGCUGGAGACGCCAGUGUGGAGCGGGAGGUUCGCGACGUUGACGAUCAAGGGGAAUAGGGCUUUGGAGGGGACGGGGGAGGAGAGGAAUGGAACGGGGGCUAGUGUGGCGGAGUUUGCGAUUGUGGGGGAGGGAGGGGAGGAUCUGGUUGGGAGGAGUACGGGGGUUUGGUAG